GAAGACGCCCCCCCUUCCCUUGCCCUCCCUCCCCCCCAUCUUCCAGUCCGCAACCCGCGCACCGAAGCACAAGGUGCCAGUCAUCACUGUUCCUGCUCGUUCGCCCUCUCUCUCUUUUCGGCUUGGCCUAGGCUCCGGCCUGCACGCUCCUGCACUGGGACCUGUCUCGCUCAACUCGUACCGCACCGCACCAGCACCAGCACUCCUACCUACUACUCCUACCCAGGUACUGCUGCUGCUGCUGCCACCACCACCACCGCUGGUGUCUGCUACGCUCCUUUGGGGGACCCAUCCAUCUUUCUCUCCUUCGUGUCGUGCCCCCCUCUCUUCUUCUCUUUCAAUCUCUUUUCCACCCUCACUUGCUCGACCCAAAAUACCCUUCUCUACCUCACCUCCGGUCCUCAACACUCGAUUUCCUCCUCAUACUACAUUCUCCCGACUCGGCCCAGCUUUUCGAAACGCUCCAUCCCUCCCCGUCGACGAGGCGCAACCGCUCAACCCUUUCUUCGACUUGAUCCGUCUUCUGGCUUCGAUCGGUCCGUGGACACGCUCUUCGCGAUCACAAUUCGAAAAGUUUUCCACCUCACGACGCCCACAACACACGCUUGUGACAACCUAACGGUGUUUUCCUGGUUUCGGGACGACCGCGGUGUGUGA